CCCAGCGCCCCCGCCGCGGGUCCUAGCAGCUCGGGCGGCGGGAGGAGCGGCAGCGGCCCAGCAGCCCAGCUUUGCGAAGGCUCUCGGCGCGCCGCGGCCCGCAGGCACCCGGCAAGCGCCCUCCCCGCCGCCAGGAUGCCCAAGAGGAAGGUCAGCUCAGCCGAAGGGGCAGCGAAAGAGGAGCCCAAGAAGCGAUGGGCGAGAUUGUCAGCUGAACCUGCUCCUACAAAAGUGGAAGCGAAGCCAAAACAGGCAGCAGCAAAGGAUGGGGAACAAACGAAAGGGAAAAGGGGAGCAAAGGGAAAACAGGCCGAAGUGACCGACCAAGAAACAAAAGAUUUACCUGCCGGAAACGGAGAAACUAAAAAUGAUGAGAGUCCAGCCUCUGAGGACGCAGGAGAGAAAGAAGCCGUCCGAUCAAUAUCCUAUUCCAUGUCUUAUCAGUGGUUCCUGUCACUCUUGUACAAUCCAGAGGAAUAUUUUUAUCAACUAUUUUGUAAAUGCAAGUUUUUUAGUAAUUCUAGAAACAUUUUUAAAGAAGGAAUCCCACCUCAUCCCAUUUUUUAA